GCGACGAAGAUCAGAUUGUCUUCAGUCGACAACGAGCCUAUCUUCGCUGAAAAACCUAAUUACACCUGACACUGUAGCAUGGAGACCUUACUCUCCUCGUCUGUUCUCGUAUUCGGAAGCUCGAAGAACCAUCCCGCCUCACAAAUAUCAGCGAAUCGUAACCCUACUAUCCCAAAUACCCUUCACAGGAACAGGAAUAAGCUUUUGAUUUCAACCCGCAAGUUUCAAUCUAGGGUUCAGGCCACUGGUGACUUCUCUGCUGCCGCCGUAGAUACGGCUCAGGUGGAGCUCAGCUGGCAAAUUGUCGUUGGAACUAUAGCUGGAGUUACUCCUUUUGUGGUCGCAGGAAUUGAGUUCAGCAAACGGAUUGUAGCACAGAGAAGAUGUCAGGUUUGUGGAGGUUCAGGACUUGUUCUGAGAGACAAAUACUACUUCCGCUGCCCUGGCUGUGGUGGAUUUCUCCCAUGGCAGUCAUGGAGAAGAUUCUUUUCAGGUUAAAUUCCUCCUAAUGUUAUCCACCAAAAUGGAGGGAAGGUGGAACUGCUCCUCUUAAGGUCAGUAGUCUAAUCUUUAGCUUAUGAGUUUAUAAACUCAGAUACCUCCAUUGGAACUUCACUAUAUGCUAAUUGAGCAUCUAUAAUGCUUCAUGUAAUG